UGGUAAAGAACGAGCAGGUACUUCUUAAGUUCUUAGGACGAGGUGGUCGUGGACGACUGUUCACCACCACCGUGGAAAAAUGCUUUAUAUGACUUUUUUAUAAAUGUUUGAUUCGCGCAGACCUAAACGGCGAUAAGUUUCGUCAACUGGUAUAGGCUUUUGCGAUCAUGAAUUUAUCUCCUUUCGCACGCGCGCUGUUCCCGCUUGGCUUUCUUGACUACGCGUUGUUUCUGGCAUCAUGUGCUUAAGUUAGCGACGUCCCAAAGCCGGAAGCCACCGAUCCGGAAUGGAGUGGUUUUUCGGGUGAACCAGACAUGUCUAAUUGGGUGGACCCUCAGCAGAUGUAUGCAGUGAAACCGAAGAAACCUGUAGCGCAGGCUGCCAACGAAGGAGCCUCGUCGCUUGCUGAAAAAUACCAACCGUUACUGCGUUCUCCCGCUGCGCAGCAGCAGAUUACUUUUCUGCGCCAUAUCUUCCGACCCUUCGUAUCCACUAUCCAUGCAGCGCAGCCAUGCACCAACGCGCAGGUGGUGGAUGUGAUGAUGCGCAUUCACAGGGAUGAGAUGCUGGCGUUCGAGCGGCUGUUUGAGGCGGAGACGAUGUCGGAUACUACCCAAGUGCUGGACGCAUGGAAGCCAUGGUCCGUACCGUCAGUGUCGCUAAAGAGCCUACAUCGGUGGAAACGAUUGAGAAGUUUAUAGGGGUGUGGAAUUGCGAUUAAUACUGCUGGCCUUGCUCAUAUCGGUUAUUCCCGUCUUCAUAAUUUACGUGGAAGUGAAGUUGCGUUUAUCAUUGGUCAUGUUUCUGAUGCGGAUGCUCAAGUAUGGGUUGAUUGUCGGCUUUCUUAUCAGCGCUCCUUGGACCUGGCUGAGAUUGUACCAGGAAAAAGUAGCUGAGCAGCAGGCGCGCUUAAUGCAGAAUGAUCAAAUUCAAUGCAAAAAGCUGAACGUCUGGCAGACGUUGGGACGGUUUGUUGCCAGUAAAUUGUCCAUGGUACAGGAAAGCACUCCGUGUGAGAAAUAUUAUUUAGCCAUUAAUGUCCAUCCGUAUUUGGAUGUGCCUUUCACGUCGGCUAUUGCUAAAACGUUACUCAGUUUAUAAUGGAACCAUUGAAACUGAUUGGAAAAGGCAUCGGGGAGUUCUUCCAUUCUUCCAAGGAUUGCUGGCGCCUCUUCCGUUCUACAUGUCGCCAGUGAUGAUACUGUGUUCCCUUUUAAUAAUUUUCCUUGUCAUUCUCGUUCGAUCCAAUCACAAAAUCCAUCUACCAUACUUUUUUGCCCGAAUCGAGCCAGGGAAUCCACCGUCAUCGGCUCCGCAAUUGUCGAUAGAGCGACGAAUGAGUUCUCGCGGAUGGCUCUGGAGGAGGAUAUUGACCGUCGCAGGCGUACGAAAUCAGCUUUAGCCUCGCACAGUGGACACCGAAAAAUUGUGUACAGGACCGCGAUGCGCCCAGCGGCUAGUUAUGUUCAAGCGAUAGACGGUCGGGGGCGAUAGACGAAGACUCCAGGAGACGCUUGCGGCGGACGCGGGCCCGUAGCUUCGAAGGGAUUAGGCGGUGUCACAGGCCGUGGAGUAGGAACCGGAAUUCUAUUGACCAAUUGAAAUCGUGGUUCGCCUUCUACGACAGGUAGCAGUCAUUCGUUGCGCGUUGGCGAUUGUAAAUCGCAAUCGGACGGCAGCACCAGCAGUCCAUUGGAGUCGACGCCGGAUACGGGUGCCGGCGAGCUGGACUGGUCAUCAUCAUCCGGUGCCGGUGUGGCCGCACUACUGCUGGCCAUGGUGCUCGUAGGGGGACAUGUCGCCGGACACUGCGGACAUUGUGGACAUGUAUCCGGUGUUUCGGCGAAAUCCGUCCACUCUCCUGGAAUCUCAUCAAAGAGUUUAAGUUGUGGUUUUAUCCAUCCCGUCCGUCGUUCUCCGGUUUGAAGAUGAAUGAUCUGGUAAAUUUCCUAGUCGGUGGAUUCCUUCUGUCAACAGUGUCCGCGGUAUUUAAUCCGGAUACCGAUAUCGUGUUCCACCCCUGGACACCGACCGGCAUGAAAUACGUCAAACAGAAUUCCAGCGUGGUAAUUGUAUGUUCGGCCAUGAGCUACAAUCAGAUGCUACGUGCUGCCAAUGUGACUGUGGAAAGUAAUAGCACCGCUAAAUUGCGAUGGGAAGCGCCUUUAAACCUGCUGGUGGACGACCGCUGCUCGACACACUACUGCUCGCCUAUGACCUCCGCCAAGAUUCAGCAUUUCGGGACCGAGCACGUGGGAAAUUAUACCUGCUUGGUGACGAUUGGCGGGAAAGUCGAGGGUCACCGCAGUGUCUUCAUCAAUUAUUUUCCCAGCCUGAAUUUGUCCGGAACACCGGAAGUCGUUACUAAAGAUCUCGGAGCCGAGGCGGUGGAGCUGGUGUGCAGCACGCCGACGGUGCCCCACGGGGCGUUGGGCGGGGUCACCGCGUACUGGCAGUUUCCCAACGGGACCAACAUCACCACGACUCGUGAACUUGUCCCCAAGUAUGCCGUCAACGGACUAACGCUGACCAUCAGGAACGUUUCCUGGAGCGACGCUGGAGCGUACAAGUGUAUCGCCUACCAGGUGAUGCCCAACGCCAGCAAUGACGGCAGCGAUCACAUCGAUGUGGCAUCGCGGAUGAUUACGCUGGCCGUCGAACGUGCUCCGGAGUUUUUUGAAUCCCUGACCAAAGUGCAUCGUGGUGCCAAUGAUAUGGUCAAUCUGACGUGUGACGCCGUCACGGGCGGCGCAUUGGAUCCCGUGUUUACCUGGUCCCGCAACGGAACGAUACUGCGCGAACUGGACGACUAUUUCCUGCCGCCCUGCACACACCGCAGCUGCCUUAUUCCUUUCAAUGAGGACCAUUCGCUGUUUGACGAUAUCCGCUGCACAGCCACGAAUGCUUUGGGUGAAGCAUCCAAGGCGUUCAGAAUCAUCGAUGGCGCCAGAACGGCCACCAGCAUGGACGCCGUCGACCCGCCCGCUGGCCAGACCGGUCUCGUGCCCACCGUCCCCGGAGUCAACGUGGAAACGCAGCCCACCGUCCCCGGAGUCAACGUGGAAACACUGCCCAGCGCCGCGGCGGGUCUCGGAAUGAAGGGAGCGCUCGUGGCCCUUAUCGCCCUGUUUGUUGUGUGUGUGUAAAUUGUGAAUACUGGACGUUUUUACACUAUCGUUUUGAGUGGGUAAAUACAAGGAUAUGUCAGAAUAAUGAUUAUACUACAUUGUAUUGGAACGUGUAUGUGUGUUGAUGGGUUUGCGGUUUUGCUUGUUUAAAUGACGGUUCUAGAUGUCUUCGAUUCAUAAAGCUAUGUUCGAGACUUUUUAUUUUGUUCGUUAUAUUUUAUCAG